CACUUCACGUUUUUGCCUGUGCUUUCAGCACAAGAGCUCAAGAUUUUGGCCUUCUUCAUUCUAAUCACGAAUUAGAUAAGCUAACGAGAGAAUUAUUAUCUGUGUGUUGGUGGGUUUUAGCUGUUUUUGGUUUUGAAGUUCCAAACCACUUACAAUGGAGGGUGAUCUCUAUAAAGCAAGUAGCAGUUUACGAAGAGGGAGCUCUUCGGUGUGGAGAAAUAAUGGGUUGGAUGUUUUUUCAAGAUCUUCACGGGAAGAAGACGAUGAGGAGGCUCUAAAAUGGGCUGCGCUUGAGAAGCUACCUACAUAUGAUCGUCUGAGAAAAGGUAUAUUGGUGAGUGUAUCCAAAGGUGGAGCUAAUGAGAUUGAUGUGGAAAAUCUUGGAUUUCAAGAAAGGAAAGCUUUGCUAGAGAGGUUGGUCAAAGUUGCUGAAGAGGAUAACGAGAAGUUCUUGUUGAAGCUCAAGAACCGUAUUGAUAGGGUUGGUAUUGAAGUUCCAACUAUUGAAGUUCGGUAUGAGCAUCUAAAUGUUGAAGCGGAAGCUUUAGUAGGAAGUAAUGCUUUGCCUUCAUUCCUUAACUUUUCUAUUAGCAUUGUAGAGGGUUUGUUGAAUUAUCUUCACAUCCUUCCAAAUAGAAAGAGACCAUUGACCAUCCUUAAGGAUGUUAGUGGAGUCAUCAAGCCAUCAAGAAUGGCUUUGCUUUUGGGUCCUCCAAGCUCUGGAAAGACUACACUCUUGCUGGCAUUGGCUGGAAAACUUGACCCUAAUCUAAAGGUAUAUAGUGAUAAAUAUUCUUACAGCUUUUGUAUCUUCCAUGAGGAUUUAGCUUUUAAUGUUUGCUUUCUCGUUCUUUGGAUUCAUCUUAAGCUUGAGAUGUUGGAACCUGUCUUGCAGGUUUCUGGAAAUGUGACUUACAAUGGUCAUGCAUUGAAUGAGUUCAUUCCACAGAGAACUGCGGCCUAUAUCAGUCAACAUGAUCUCCACAUAGGAGAAAUGACUGUAAGGGAAACUUUGGCAUUUUCAGCCAGAUGCCAAGGAGUUGGAACCCAACAUGAAAUGUUAGCAGAGUUGUCAAGGAGAGAAAAAGCAGCAAAUAUUAAGCCUGAUCCUGACCUUGAUGUCUUUAUGAAGGCAGCAGCAACAGAAGGUCAAGAGACCAGUGUGGUCACAGAUUAUGUUUUAAAGAUAUUAGGAUUAGAUAUCUGCGCAGAUACUAUGGUGGGGAAUGAAAUGAUACGGGGUAUCUCUGGAGGACAAAGGAAACGUGUAACAACAGGUGAAAUGCUGGUUGGACCAGCAAAGGCAUUGUUUAUGGAUGAAAUUUCUACUGGCUUGGACAGCUCAACAACUUUCUCAAUUGUAAACUCAUUAAGGCAGUCCGUUCACAUUCUAAAUGGAACUGCUGUCAUUUCUCUCCUUCAGCCAGCACCAGAGACUUAUAACCUCUUCGAUGAUAUUAUUCUGCUCUCAGAUGGCCAGAUUGUGUAUCAGGGUCCUCGUGAGCAUGUGCUCGAGUUUUUUGAAAAUAUGGGCUUCAAGUGUCCUGAAAGAAAAGGUGUUGCUGAUUUCUUGCAAGAGGUGACCUCAAAGAAAGAUCAGCAGCAGUAUUGGGCACGUAAAGAUCAGCCUUACAGGUUUGUGACAGUGAAGGAAUUUGCUGAGGCUUUUAAAUCAUUUGAAGUGGGACAAACAAUUACACAAGUUCUUUCAACUCCAUUUGAUAAAAGCAAGAAUCACCCGGCUGCCCUGACAACCAAACCCUACGGUGUUGGAAAGAUGGAGCUGCUUAAAGCAAACUUCUCAAGAGAAUACUUGCUCAUGAAAAGGAACUCUUUUGUGUACAUCUUCAAGCUUUCCCAACUUAUCAUCAUGGCAAUCAUUGGCAUGACGCUCUUCUUUAGGACUGAGAUGAGUAAGGAUGAUCUUGAAGGUGGAGGAAUUUAUAUAGGUGCUUUGUUCUUCACCCUGAUCACAAUCAUGUUUAAUGGUAUGUCAGAGCUGUCCAUGACCAUUGCAAAGCUUCCUGUAUUCUACAAGCAAAGGAACAUCUUAUUCUUUCCUCCAUGGGCAUAUUCUAUUCCCUCAUGGAUCCUUAAAAUUCCUAUCACAUUUUUGGAAGUUGGUGUUUGGGUGUUCCUCUCUUAUUAUGUUAUUGGAUUUGAUCCUAACGUUGGAAGGUUAUUUAAGCAGUACUUGCUGCUCUUACUGGUGAACCAGAUGGCCUCUGCUCUUUUCCGAUUUAUUGCUUCAGUUGGAAGGAACAUGAUUGUUGCUAACACAUUUGGUUCAUUUGCACUUCUUACACUUUUUGCUUUGGGUGGCGUUAUCCUGUCACGAGAAAACAUAAAGAAAUGGUGGAUAUGGGGUUACUGGGUAUCACCACUGAUGUAUGGGCAGAAUUCAAUUCUUGCUAAUGAGUUUCUUGGGAAUAGUUGGAGUCAUGUUCCAGCAAACUCAAGCUCAACAGAAUCCCUAGGAGUUCAAGUUCUGAAAAAUGGCGGGUAUUUCCCACAUGCAUAUUGGUAUUGGAUAGGAGUAGGGGCAUCAGCAGGGUAUAUGUUUCUCUUCAACUUCCUUUACACUGUUGCUCUCACGCUCCUUGACACAUUUGAGAAGCCUCAGGCCGUUAUCUCUGAUGAGCCUGAAGAAAAUGACAAAACUAGAGGAGCCAUUCAGUUAUCACAACUUGAAAGCAGCCACAGAACCAACACAGAGAGUGGAACAAGCGAAAAUAACGAAUCAAGCCAUAACAAGAAAAAAGGAAUGGUUCUUCCAUUUGAACCACAUUCCAUCACUUUUGAUAAUGUUAUAUACUCUGUGGACAUGCCCCAGGAAAUGAAACAUCAAGGAGUAGUUGAAGAUAAAUUAAUGCUUUUGAAGGGUGUGAGUGGUGCUUUCAGGCCAGGUGUUCUUACAGCUUUAAUGGGUGUUAGUGGUGCUGGAAAAACCACUCUGAUGGAUGUGCUGGCUGGUAGAAAAACAGGUGGAUACAUUGAGGGGGAUGUCAGAAUUUCUGGGUAUCCAAAGCAGCAAGAAACUUUUGCUAGAAUUUCAGGAUACUGUGAGCAAAAUGACAUUCACUCUCCACAUGUUACUGUCUAUGAAUCCUUAGUCUACUCAGCUUGGCUUCGUUUACCUUCUGACGUCGACUCUGAAACCAGAAAAAUGUUCGUUGAAGAAGUCAUGGAGCUUGUGGAGCUGAAUCCACUAAGGCAAGCACUAGUCGGGUUGCCUGGGGUGAACGGUCUGUCUACUGAACAGCGGAAGCGGCUAACCAUUGCAGUUGAACUAGUAGCAAACCCCUCUAUAAUAUUCAUGGAUGAGCCAACUUCAGGUCUAGAUGCAAGAGCUGCUGCAAUUGUAAUGAGAACAGUUAGGAACACUGUAGACACAGGAAGAACUGUUGUGUGCACCAUCCAUCAGCCAAGCAUUGACAUAUUUGAAGCCUUUGAUGAGUUAUUCCUGAUGAAGAGAGGAGGGGAAGAGAUAUAUGUCGGGCCAUUGGGUCGCCAUUCUUGCCAUCUGAUUGAAUAUUUUGAGGGAAUUGAAGGAGUCAGUAAAAUUACAGAUGGUUAUAAUCCAGCAACUUGGAUGCUGGAAGUUAGCAGUUCUGCCCAAGAGUUAACUUUGGGGGUUGAUUUUGCUAACAUUUACAGGAAUUCAGAUCUCUACAGGAGAAAUAAGGAAAUGAUUCAGGAAUUAAGCAAGCCUGCUCCUGGUACAGAGGACCUCUACUUCCCUACACAAUACUCGCAGCCCUUCUUAACCCAAUGCAUAGCUUGCCUAUGGAAGCAAUCUUGGUCAUACUGGCGGAAUCCACCAUACACCGCCGUAAGAUUUUGGUUCACUACCUUUAUUGCCUUGAUGUUCGGGACGAUUUUCUGGGACCUUGGCACCAAAACGGAAAGGCAAUCAGAUCUUUCCAAUGCGUUGGGUUCAAUGUACGCAGCUGUGCUUUUCCUUGGGCUGCAAAAUGCAACAUCCGUGCAGCCAGUUGUUGCUGUUGAAAGAACUGUCUUUUAUAGAGAGAAAGCUGCUGGAAUGUAUUCUGCAAUGCCCUAUGCUUAUGCACAGGCCUUGAUUGAGAUUCCAUAUAUUUUUGUUCAAACUGUAGUCUACAGUGUUAUAACAUAUGCAAUGAUUGGGUUUGAAUGGACCGCUGCCAAGUUCUUUUGGUAUCUAUUCUUCUUGCUCUUCACAUUGUUGUAUUUCACCUACUAUGGAAUGAUGACCGUUGCUGUGACGCCAAACCACCACAUUGCAUCAAUAGUAUCCUCUGCAUUCUAUUCAAUAUGGAGUCUGUUUUCAGGAUUCAUGAUUCCAAGAACUAAAAUGCCUGUGUGGUGGAGAUGGUACUACUGGGGAUGUCCAAUAUCAUGGACCUUGUAUGGAUUACUAGGGUCACAGUUUGGUGAUGUAAAGACAAUGCUGGGGAAUACUGGGCAAACAGUGGAGGAAUAUGUGAAUGACUACUAUGGUAUUAAGCAUGAUUUUCUUGGAGUAGUUGCAGGUGUUGUUGUUGGGAUCACUGUACUCUUUGCAUUUACUUUCGCCAUUUCCAUCAAGGCCUUCAAUUUCCAGAAACGAUAGAAAUUUGCUUUGCUUUGCUAAUUGAAGGCUUUAGCUGCUUACUUCAAGGCAGAAGCUGCAAACUAUGAGUUUGUUAGUGUAAUAUGCAUUAAAUUACAUUCUUUUUAUUAGUAUUA